GAGCCUUAAAGGGCCCCGCCUCGGGGGCUGAGGGGGUGAGGGCACGGCUCGGCCCCCGGGGUGCGGUGCGUGGCACCCGCACCCAGAGCCUGCGCGUGUUUGCGGAGCUCGUCGCCGGCGUAUCGGCCCGUAAAUGCGUUUAAAUGCGUCUUUACGGAGGGCUCCGCGGAAUAAAAACAUAGGAUUUUCCUUCUCUGAGGCCGUCGGUGGCCGUCCACGGUCGUUACGUUUAGAUUUUCAAAAAGGACAAACAGUAAUUCCUUUCCGUUCAGUCCCCAGAGCCAGUUUCAUGCCUCUUGGUAUGUCGCUGGUUUUAAUCUAUCCAAAACGAGCAAUUCUGAAUUUCCUCAUACCCAAAAGGAGCAAUUCUGAAUUUCUUCAUAUCCAAAACCAGUAAUUCCGAAUUUCUCCAUAUCCAAAAUAAGUAAUUCUGAAUUUCUUCAUAUGCGUUUUGUCAGUUUAUUACCAAUCAAAUAUGUACGUAUUUCUUCAGUGGACUGGUUACAUAUUUUCUUGUCAUUUUAUGAUUAAAAUACCCACACAAAAACUUUGGCGUUGGCUUUGUCGUGCUUUCUUCAGGUGAGCCUCAGUUGACCAAACGGUAGAUGUUGUAGCUCCGUUUUCUGCGUUUGCAAGGCAGAAAUAGGGUCGCACAGAGGAUGUUACACCACACCCGGGCUUCAAACUCUCUGAUAGUGCUCAUUUUCACCAAUCUGCAUAAUUUUGGGGCAUGCAUUUUUAGUCUACACCCGUGUAUCCCCAUCUACAUAAACGGAGCGCUUAUACCUGUCUCUCAUCUGAAGCAUGUCUCUCAUCGUGUUAUGGUGUAGUUAAACUGCUUUGCUGGACUGGAGUUUAUCUCGUUACCGUUUCCUGUGUGCUAAUAGGAAAAGAAAACCCUUCGAGUUUUUUUGUAUGCUGCUGUUACAGUUUGGAAAUACACGUAUUUCCAAACGUAUAUAUUUGGAAAUUUCACUUCAGCAUGUAAAACGUAUCUACAUGCCUUUAAUAUUACAGAAGUAACAGCUUUAUUUGUAUGAUUCCUCAGUCUAGAUACCAUGUUAAGGAUUUGGUUUGUUUCUUGAAGUAUUCCUGUAUAGAAGUAAUGUUUUAAAACUAAGUCCUUGCAGUCUUCCAUGAGUGCAACUAAAAAGAGCUUAGUUGAGUGAAUGAAGUGUAUGUGGUCAUACUAAAUUCUUGAGUCUUAGAAAGUGGAUGUGCCUCCUGGAAGCUGUACUUUCUUUCUUUUUCAUAGAUUUGCUUUUGGGCUGUAUUGUUCUCACACCUUUGCCCGUCCUGUAUAUGCAGUGCUGUAAGAAAGUCAUGGCAAUUCCGAUUGCUACUACAGCAAAUUCAGAAGCGUUUAAGAAGCAGACGAGUUUCCCAGAAUAGAGCGACUCUUUCUUUCGCUGUUACUAAGCCUUGCUCUGACAGCCAGGAGCGAACGGCCCGCAAACCCUCUCCUGUGGUGGCCACCAUCCCGCGAGGAGAGAGGUGUAGGCCGGCUUGGCUGUCAGAACGUGGUUCCGCGGUCCAGGAGCCUAACGCUGCCUCUGCAAAACCAGCACAUGUGAAAGUUCAAAAUAAAGCAGAUUAGUAUUUUAAUUUCGGUGUAAAUGAGGCUGGAUCAUUUGUGUGCGUGUGCGAAAUUUAAAAUUCCGCAAAUGUUACUUCUUCCUUGCAGCAGCAGCUGGUUGCUUCGGUCUCGCUUGUUAAGAGUUUGGAGGUUUACAAAUGAUAAGUCUCUUGGGGGGUUGUUUUACCACAGCUCGAUGCUGUACAAAAUGUAAAACAACUUAGUGCUCUUCUAAGCAGAGGAUUCCGAGAGCAAGGAAAAAAGCUGCUGAUAGAGUGCUUUCCUUUGCUUGCUCGCUGCCAGAUGUUGCCAGAGUAUUUUACCCAGCCCAUUACAGCCCUGCCUGAGAUAAUCGAAUGCUAAAAUAUUCACGUUGGUUAGCGGAUUCUUCACUUCGUUCAAUAAGGCUGUUUCGUGUCAUAACUGUGUGAUGUUGGUAGCACAAGUGGAGCUAGAAGCGAGGCAGAAAAUAAAGACGCCAAGAAUCUGGGAAUACCAAUCUUUUUGUUGCUGGAGCAUUGCCGUGCUUUUAGGAAGUUGGUAACGGGCAGCAACUUGGGUUCUGUGCCAGCAGCAUGGGGAUACUGGGUCACAUAUAUUACCGAAGGAUAAAAACAAAGUCAGCGUUGGAAAUGGAAAUAAAAUUCAGGUCUGCUUGUCUUCACCUACUCGCUUAUCAUCCUUCGUACAAACACACUUAUUUGUUUUUAAUGCAGCAACUAUUCCAGGCAGUGAACUCUCUCUCUCUUUUUUUUCCUCCCCUACAUGCAUGUGUAAAAGAGCUCUCUGCUGUUAAACAGGAAAGCCAUUUAAAUACAUAAAACAGUCAAAUGGAGAUUUUUGAAAAUGGGAGGUAAAUGACUGUGAUAAUCCUGUACUGCCCCUGAGCCUGCUAUUCAGACAAAUGGGUAGAAUAUGGUAGCUUUCUGCUAGAGUACUGAACGGGGGAAUUUUAUUUAUUUAUUUACCUACUUAUUUAUUACCACUAAACUUCAGUUUAUAUUUUGCUUGUGAGCUUUUCAAAUUCUCUGCUUUUUCUUGAGUACAGAGGGAAAAUCUGGUUUAAAAAAAAAAAAUCGGAAAUCUGGCUAUGGUUCACAUCCUGCUUAGCUUUCUGCAAACUGCAUAGCAAACAAAACAAUGGGAAAAAGGGUAUUAUAACAUUUAUUACUGAAAAAAAUAAAUUCCAAGUCUUUCAUGUUCAAAAGAAACAGAGAUUUGUAAGACAGAAAUCGGAGCUUUGUACAUAUUUGACAUGCCUAGAGAAUAGGGGAAUGAACGUGUGUGCUGCGUUGUAUGUUUAAUAACUAAAAAACUUCCAGGUCUGUCUACGCUCAUGUAAUUCACAUCUUCUAGUCCCACCUGCAUGUGUUGUGGGCCAUGACAACUUGGGUUUUUUAUUUUUUUUAAGAUGUUUUCAGUAGCGUAUUUCUUAGUCAUACUGAAAUUUGCCAUGAUGUGUAUAUUUGAGCAGGGUUAUUCCGGAACGUUUAGGCUAAAAUGACUCAGCAUUUUUGAAAAAGACAUUAGGAGAAAGUAAAUAUGUUGACUGAAAGAGGAAGAAAAAGUGUUUGUUUGGCUCAUUUAAGAGCAUCUCAGCACUCGGGCUCUGGAGUUUAGCGCUGCAGAGGAAAGGGGAAGGAGUGUGAGCAUCAACAGGGUGUGUGUGGCUGCUCCUAGGGAAACUUCAACAAGGUAAAAGCUCUUGGAAAAACUGGUUCAAGUAUAUUGCUUGGCAAAUACUUACUAAAUUGUCUGAAUAUCCUGUGUAACAUGAGUGUCGUCCCGUCUGUUGCGCAUCACCUGAGUGUGCAGUCAUCGUCUGGACCAAGUAGUUGAGCAUGAUGCUUCCCGCAGCGGUAGGUGCUGGGUAAGUGCAAUCCUGGAUGGUCUUUCUUGAGCUGCACUUCUGCCCCAGGGUGCUUAGGCAGUGGCGGCACUGAUGGAGGGAUGAAGAUUGGCGUUCACAGGGAGAUGGGGACAGAGAUGGAAGCUUGGUGGAAAAGCAGUAGGCCCAGGAGCAUGGAAGAGAUGGUGCUAGCAAAGCUACAAAUGGUGAGAGCGGAGGGAAUGAGAGGGCGACAGGUGGGGAAGAGGAGACCUGAUGUGGAAGGAAGAAGGGGCAGGGUGGUACGAGGCUGGGGAGCACAGCGAGGUGGGUGGGAGAGGCAGGGAGCGUGGAGGGCACUGGCAGCAGCCCUCCAGCAGCAGAGGCUGGAGCAGGGAGCGUCUGCCUUGCAGAAAGUAGUCAGACUGAUUGCCUCUGGUUAGCUGUGCUCGGCUGUUUACUGAGGAGCAGGAAAGGGAGAAUUGUUGUUUAAAUAAAUGCCACUUUGAAAAGAAAACAGCGAUUUGCUCCAGGGCUUGGAGUUAGUAGCGAAAUGGGGUAGCGAAACGUUGGAGUCGAAAAGGGAAAGGUGCUGGAAGACUUGCUGAGCAAUUGGAACCAGAUCUGGCAGCUGCCGGGCUGGGAUUUUGUCACUUCAGUUUAUCAACUAGUCCAACAAGUUCACGCUUGGUUCAUUGACAGGCUCACAAGUCCAUUGAAAACUAUUGGUUUUGAAAUUGUCAAGGACAUAAAAAUAAAAUCAUUGACAACGGAGCAUCUCGAUGAAGUGUUUAAAUGCCUGAAAUGUAUAGAGGGGGGGUGUGUUGCGUAUUCGACAUCUUAAGCCCAUUUUAAAGGCAGUUAUUAGCUCAAUGAAACUCAUCUUCCUUCAGUUGUACUUCAGUAUCAUUAGGGAUUAGUCUGUUAUAGAAAGAAUCAUUAGAAACUUUAUUAGUUUUGUAAAUAAGAAUGUUGGAAAACUUACAGAUGCUUAUGAAGCGACAUCCUCUAUAAAAAUCCUGCUAACGUUGAAAAGAGUAAUUAAUAGCAAUAAAGGCAUAGUGAGAUCGGUUCUUAUUCUGUCUUCUUUAUGAAAAUAACUAUAAACACAAAACACAAUUUCAGUCAUAGCUUAUCGGGUGCUGAUAACAAAUCUUGAUUAAAAUCAGACUCUGGGUUCUUUGGUUUAAUUCAUUUAGUUUAAUUCAUAUGGUUAAGUAGGAAAGUUGUACCAGAAGCAGUUCCAGCUGUGUAAUUGCUGGUACGUGUCCUCUGGUCUUCAAGGGUUUCGUGGUUGUCUUUCUAAUGCGGUCCUCCUAUCACUACAGCAGCAAGGCAGGCACUACACUCUUUUUGAUAUGAGGUCUAAAAGGUCACGAUGACAGCGUCUUGGGUAAAUCUUGAGGGGAAGAAUAAUUCUUCUCUGCCCCGUAAUAAGUAGAUAGGUAUGCGGCAUCAUGAUGUGCAUGCUGGGAUUCACAAACAAGGACCAUAAAGUCCUUUAGUGUGCAGUGUUAAGAACGCAGGGGGGGAAAAAUAGCUUAAGGAAUUGUCUUUUACUGUGUGGGUAGUGGGAAUGAAUGAGGGAGUAAUGGGAAAUACUUUUGCUCCCUCCUACUCUUAAUCCCACAGGAGUCUUGGAGCAAUUAGAGAAGGAAGGUUUCCUUUCCCCCACAUUUGGCUUUCCUUUUACCAAAAUUUCCUGCUAGUCCCCUUAAUUCCUUACUACUAUUUUAUGGAGCUAAUAAACCAGCAUUAAAUUACAGUGUGAAAUGGGUAGGAGAAACUGAGGUGCCGCAGGAAGUUUCUUGAAUUUGAGUCUUAAUACUUGGAAGAAUGAAGUUUUCAUGACCGUGAGGAUUACCUUCUGCAAUGCCAAGAGCUACCUGGAGCCAGGAUGCCUAGGACGCUGAGACGACAGUCUUUUACAACUAGAUUGGAAUAGGAUUUCUCAUCUUUCUCGUUGUGAAGAAGCACUAUGGUAAACUGGCAGUAACAUGAACCAUGAUUGUGUGCACUUCCCCAAAAAUGAGUUGGUGCAGACCCAAAGGACGUAUGCAGAAUUAAGGAGGUGAAGACCCAGGUGCCCUGAAUUCUGCUUCCAUUGCUGUGCCUUGAGAAAUUUGUUAUCUUACACAUCCUUAAUAUCUACUUUAUCAGUUACUGCAUACGCAACUCUAGCUUGUACUACCGAAAAAAAGAGUGCUACUUUUUUAUACAGUACUUUUUUGCAUUUGGUACCUACAAAAGGGAGAAUUUCCAGAACCCCUUUAGAAUACAGAGGACAGAGUUUGUUCAACGUGUGUGAAUUGCUAAAGGGACGCAAAUCUUUUCAUGAGGUGGUUUGUCGUUUAUCAUGCUGUGUGACAGUGCGUGGUGAUGCUUGGAAGAUAAAGCCUUUGAUGCAAAUUCUUUGUAUGCCUUGUUAAAUUAUCACAUGGGAUGAUAGGAAAAAAGGAAUGCUAUGGGGAAUUAACAGGACAAGAAAGCAGUACAUACCCUAUUGGAGUGGUCUUGCUGAAGAAAGUCAGUGUUACACAGCAUAUACAUUCAAAAUCCUACAUGCACAGAGAGGUUAAUGAUAGGUUGCAGCUUGUAUUUCUGAAGAAAUUCACCUUUAGGAGUGAAUUUUAAUUUAUUUUUAAUUUUUGGUUUCUUAAAUUAUAAGCUGCAUUCUUUUUUAAUUUAAUCUAAUCUUUGUUCAGAUUAAUAUAUAAAUAACUUUAUUGCAUCGCCAAACAAUAAAGGGAAAAAAAGUGACACAAAGUAAAUCUCAUUUUACUGCAGUAGAAAAUUGGUUUGGGGGCUUUUUUAGGGCUCGUCUCCCAGGGAAAUUGACAGAGUAGCUGUUGUGUAAUAACUGUUUAGCUGUAUCCGUGUAGUGUAACUCCCCCAGGCUGGUAUUACAUUCCUGAACAGGAGCAUCAUCUUUCUGAAAGUGUAAUAUUUCUAAAUAAUGAGCGUACUUCAAAAGUACAGAAGACAGAGGAAAUGAAAGCCGCCUUGCUACUGAAUACGGCCUACGUUCUCGUCAAGUGCAGUUUUAAUAAACGUGCAUGCAUCAACUUCACGUUGGUUUGGUUGUCUUAAUUUUACUAACUGUCUCUUUGUAGGCAGGUUGAUGGAGAUAAAGAACCAUUGCAGCAAGGGUAGAACGAAUUUCUGCUGGCAAGUUGUCAUAUAUACUCUACGUUUUGCUGCAUUACUAUUAUUUGAAUCCAUGAACGUGUAAAUGUAUCUCGCCCUUAAUGCAUGCUAAUAUUUGUCUAUAUGAAUGUAUGCACAGGUCUUUGCUUCUUACUGACAUGCAAAAUGAGCAUGGCUGAACAGAGGCUUCAUUUGUGCUUGAAUGAACAAGGCCGUAUUUUACUUUGGAACAAAAAACUUUAGCUAUGAUACAGUUUUUAAAUGACAAAGCAAGCAGUGGUCUGUUUUGGUGUUGUAGCUAACUAUCUUCUCUACGUUGAUAACAUGACUUCAAAGCUCAUCUGUGAGAGGAGAAAGAGGAAGAAAACAUGUUGGCAAGAGUAAUUCUAAGUUUAGGCCCCACAGUGCCCUCGUAUUGCCCCCAUCCUUUAACAGCCAUGUCUUCUCCCUGUUCUUGCCUCCUCUGACACAGAUGGGAGGACAAAACAAGCAAGCUCGGACCUCGAUCGUUUUCUCCUCUGAUACAUUUUAGGGUAGACUGUAGUCUCUCAGUCACUCUCAGGUGUCUUUUGGAAGAAAGCAAUAAGAGCGCUAUGUUCUCUGGCUCCUCAGCCGAACCUCUUCCUCUGUAGCAUCUUCCACGUGGGCCUGUGUUUCUUCAGUACUUCCUUCCUUCUGCCCUCAAUCACCCAUAUGCACUGUCUGGAAGCUUGCCCGUGUAAGAUUACCAGCUGAAGGCUUUGCAAGGAAGGGCCACUUUCUUCUUCGUACGUGAAAUAUUUUUUGAGUGAUCCAAUCUGGCAGCAGUGGCGCGCGGGGUUCUUUGCUGCGGUAGUUUCUGAAUGGAAGGAACAACAGGCUCUUCAGACUGACGAUGUGUAGUACUCCUUUAUGUCUGAGCAGACACAAGGCAUGGAAUAAUACCCAUAUAUCUGGCAGUGACCUACAUUCAGAAGACUCUGUGGAUAGUGAGAAGUCCUUUGUUUGAAAGUAGCCCCGUAAGUUGAGGUAGAUGAAAAUGAGUAGCAAAAUGACAGAAUGUGAACAGUGUGUGAAGAAGGGAAUAAGAGGUGUGGUGUCUUCUCAUGGCAGAGUUGAGAAGUUCCAAAAAGGAGAGAAGGCCAUUCCUGGGGGACACAGGUCUUUGACAGCUUUAGAGAAAGUGGUGAGAACUAACACCUCAUCUGCCCUUCAAGGCUUCACGAGUGGGUACACAAGCAUGGACUGAGACUCCUAGCUCAGUAUUUCAUCUCUAACCAGUGACCAAAUCAUAGACUGCCUUACAGCUCCCCUGAGUAUCUUCCCAUGUCUUCUAGAGCUAGGUUUCAUGUACUAGAGAUGGCAUCUGUAUUGGCUGGCCUUCAGUAUUUUGUUUUUCUGUGAACUUGCCUGAAAAAAAAUUACUUGUACACUACACACAGGUAAAUUCUGGUUCUCAAAUGUAAAUACAAACUUCAUCUCGCUUUCAAAAAUGUCGUUAUCUUCGUUACAGUUUUGAUGCAGAUGGCAAAACUGGGAACACGAGAACUUUUUGUGAGAAAGGGAGAUAGUCCAGUUCAAGACCUCAGCUGUGUGUUUUAGCCAUCAUAUUGUUUCGGUUGGCCUUUGUACAACAUUAGUGCCAGGAACCUCCCCUGAGAUAGUUUUCAAGGCUUGCUUUAGUGCUUUCCAGCAGUUGUGUUUUCUAAAUUCUUUCACUAUCCUUGCUGCUUUGCUUGCACAAUCGUUACUAGUCUUUAAAGUAGCUUUAACAUGUCAUGUAAUGUGAAAUAAAAUAAUUAAAUAAAAGUAAUUUUAAGUGAUAUUUUUUGAAAGCUUUUUAAAAUUGUUGAAUACUGUAGCAGAACCUGCCUUCUCCGAACAUACGGUACUAAUGAUGGCUCAUGCUCCUUCGUAUGCUGUUAGUUCUUACCUUGUAGUAGAUUACUUGAUUGUAGCCAUCAUUAGACUACAUUCCACAGUCAAAUCAAAGCAUGAUUAUGAAGGAGAUUUACAUUGGGGAAAAAAAAGUCUUUGACCUUUCUUGGCUUCAUGCUGAAUUUUUACACAGAACUUCCUUUAAAACACUGAGUUGUUCCUAUUUGCAUUUUGUAGUUUUAUUUUGGGAUGUGUCUUGUCUAGUCUAAGCAGACAGACAGUGAACCAGAGAGUAAAGAAUUCAAGUAAAGAUUCAAGAGCAAGCAAGUCAGCAGUCCAAACACAGCUUUCUGUUACAGGCAUCAGCAAAGAUGAAGAACGAAUGUAAUAACAUCAGGGACUACUAUCCCCGAUGCUGUGGGACAGUAGGGGGGGGUUACAGGUUAUUAAAAAUGCAGAAAAAUUGCAAAGAAAAAUUCCUCUCAUUUUACUUCUUCCUUGGGUGGAAGAAAAAAUAAACCCAAAUAUUUCCUUUCUUUCUGAGGCUGAUUAUGAGGAAUGUUUUAUGUUGUUGUCUCCUCCUGAACCUUUCUCUGUUGGUUCCUAGGUUCCUGUCCUGCACCUGGUACGUCAGUGGGAUUCACUCUGCCGGGAUGAGAUAAUGGCGUCUUCAACCCACUGAAGGAAGGAGAGGGAAUAGUUGUUCAUACUUAUGAUGAUUUGACAUAAUUAACAUAUUCUUAACCAUGAUGGCAACACAGACAUUAAGUAUAGACAACUAUCAAGAUGGACAACAGAUGCAAGUAGUAACAGAGUUAAAAACUGAACAAGAUCCCAACUGCUCUGAAACUGAUGCAGAAGGGGUGAGUCCUGCCCCUGUAGAAUCUCAAACUCCAAUGGAUGCAGACAAGCAGGCCAUUUACAGGCACCCACUAUUUCCCUUGUUAGCACUAUUAUUUGAAAAAUGUGAACAAUCUACCCAAGGCUCAGAAGGCACAACUUCUGCAAGUUUUGAUGUAGAUAUUGAAAAUUUUGUAAGGAAGCAGGAGAAAGAAGGAAAACCCUUUUUCUGUGAAGAUCCAGAGACUGAUAAUCUGAUGGUAAAAGCAAUCCAAGUUCUACGUAUCCAUCUGCUUGAGCUAGAAAAGGUUAAUGAACUCUGCAAGGAUUUCUGUAGUCGCUACAUUGCCUGCCUGAAGACAAAAAUGAACAGUGAAACUCUAUUAAGUGGAGAACCUGGAAGUCCUUAUUCACCUGUGCAAUCUCAGCAAAUUCCAAGUGCCAUUGCAGGCACACUCAGUCCCCAAGGGAUUAUGGUGCCAGCAUCAGCAUUGCAGCAGGGAAAUGUAACUAUGGCAACAGUGGCAGGGGGGACAGUGUAUCAGCCAGUCACUGUGGUCACUCCACAAGGUCAAGUAGUGACACAAGCACUGUCGCCUGGGACUAUUCGGAUUCAGAAUUCUCAGCUUCAGUUGCAAUUAAACCAAGAUCUAGGCAUCUUGCAUCAAGAUGAUGGCUCAUCAAAAAAUAAAAGAGGAGUUCUUCCCAAGCACGCUACAAAUGUGAUGAGAUCUUGGCUUUUUCAGCACAUAGGGCAUCCAUAUCCAACAGAGGAUGAGAAGAAACAGAUUGCAGCACAAACAAAUCUGACACUACUCCAGGUUAAUAACUGGUUUAUUAACGCUAGAAGGCGAAUUCUUCAGCCAAUGCUGGAUUCCAGUUGUUCUGAAACUCCAAAAACAAAGAAGAAAACUGCUCAGAACAGACCAGUUCAGAGGUUCUGGCCUGACUCCAUUGCCUCAGGAGUUGCUCAGCAGCAAUCUAAUGAGCUCACAAUGUCAGAUGGUGCUGUUGUAACAAUUACAGCUCCAGUCAACAUGAAUGUAGACAGUCUCCAGUCCUUGUCAUCUGAUGGUGCUACUUUGGCUGUUCAGCAAGUUAUGAUGGCAGGGCAAAGUGAGGAUGAGUCUGUAGACAGCGGUGAAGAUGAUGGAGGAGAUCUCUCAACGACAAAUAUCAGUGGGCUGGUUUUGGAUAACAGCGAUUCUCUGCAGUAGGAAGCAAGAGAGUGUGACAAAACGUUUAGGAAAAAGAAUGGACUGACUGACUGUUUUUAUAGUUUGCACAGCAAACAUUUUACACAAGUUUUAUUUCUAAUAUGUUUUAUAUGUAGAUAUAGAAGGGUGCACUUUUUUGUAUUUCAUAGUAAGCUUAAAGAGUGUUUUUGCAGGUGCAGCAACUUCUUUCAAAUGUGUUUUUUCAUUUCUUUUAAUUUUCUUAUUUCAGAAAAUUAUAUCUAGUAAUAUAAAGAACCACGUAAGCACCCCUUUAUUCUCUGAAUUGGAAGUGCUGCAGUUUCUAAAGAAUUAUGCAGUUUCAAUUAGUGCUGUUAUUUAACACAGCUCUUGAUGGGCAGGUGAUGUAAAUUUGAAGCAUGUGACACUAGUGUGUGGAAAUUGAUCAUUAAGUUUGAUGCAUAUAUUUGAAAGAUGCUUCUGCACCUUAAAAACUGCUAGUCUGAGGUGGACAGCAACACACACAAAAAGAAAAUGGUGAUGUGUGAUUCGGUAGCGAAUGUAUGGCAACUUAAGUUUAGUUUCUCUCAUAGUCCGUGAGCCUGUUUAUCAUUUGCUAUAAAAACUCCUAUUUUUACCUUGCCGGGAUUAUUGGAUAAAAAAUAUUUUUAUAAAUUCAUUAGGAAUUGGGAUGACGACUGUAUUACGCAGGAGGGAAAAAAAAAAAAAGAAUUUCCAGAGGGGAAAAAUAAAUGUUUAGUAUUCCUAUUUGGAAGGUUUGAAAACUGACCAAAUUUAAUAAACAAGCCUAUACUAGCGUUCUAUGAUUCUCAGCUAUCCCACAGUGAUAUAGUAUAUUUGAUAAUAGCAUAAGAAGGGCCCACUGUUUGAUGGGAUUUUGAUAUUGUCAAACAUUGAUUUAUAUUAUGUGUAAACUAAUAUUCAAAUUACAUUAACUCUGUAUCUAGACUUGUAUCUGAAGAUAUUUGCUAAAUGAGUAUUCAGGUAAGUAAAUUGAAAUGCCUACGACACUUCCAGUUAUUAGAGAAAUUUAAGAGUUUAUAGUUUGUACAUCUGAUUCUGAAAAGUGAAAAGAUAUGUACUAUACAGUCAUGAAUUCUGCUAUCACUAUUUCAUUGUAUUUGAAGUAUUUUGCCCCAGUACAAAAAGUAGUAUAAUUUAUGAAUUUCUUUAAAAUUUUUUCAAAUCUGAAGGUCACUAGCAGAAUACACAGCAGGCUUUAUUAGAGUAGAAAAUCCUUUUGUCAUUUAAGAUCUAAGAGCUAAUGAUGGAAACAUUUUUUGUGGUAACAGUCCUUUUAUUUUUUUCCCCCAAAGUUUGGAGUCUUUCCGUUCAUCCAAGAGUGCUCACUCUUGGAACUUCAUGUUUCCCAUUGUUAAAUAGAAAUAACAGAUGCCAAGAGUCUUCACAGUAUGAUCAACUUCCUCUCUUCCCGUCCCUUUGUCCCUCUGUCGGAUUAGAUCAAAACCGGAAAUCUCUUCUUGUUUAGAUCAAAUCUAGUUGCAUUUCUAAUAUGGCAGGGAAAAGGAUGUUAGCUUGUGGAAGCUUUAGACAUUGUAUUUGAGCAGAACUCUCUAGCAGAUGCAAAUAUUUAAUUGAAUACUUAAAUUUCUGUUUCACAAAAUACUCAGGCGUAUGCUUAGGUCCCAUUGAUUUUAGUGGGAUUUUAAAGCAUGUACUUUUUUAUAUGCUUAAAUGCUUGAAAGGAGGUCUUUGAAGACUGUCUUACAGGUCAUGUUUAAGUUGGUAUGAAGAAAAACUUCAGAAAGAAAUGUCUGUAACACUGGCACACAUACAAGGAGAAUGAUACUAGUUUUAAGUGACUGGUAGCUGUUUUGAAAACCUGGGCUUUACUCAUCACUAGUGAUGUUUCUGCAAUAGCUUUCAUUUAUUCAUGACUGAGGAUUUUGCUUCCUAGUUCAAAGACUGUAAUGAUCUGUUCCUGCUGGAGUGUGAUAAUUUCUAAAGAAUUUUUGUUCUUCUAAGUUCUCUCCUUUGCCACUAAUGUGACAUGUUUGUGAAGAGCAUAACUUGCAAAUGACUCAUGUAAGAUUUAAUUAGGAAGAUUUUGACAAAGCAUAACUAUCCCAAAAGCUAUUGUCAAAUCCAAUUCAACCCAAAAAUACUUCUAAAAGAAAGCUAUCAUGUACAGAUCAUGCUCCUCUGGAAACAUUCAACCUACUGCUCCUACAAAGGAUACCUAAGAUGACUAGAACUGAGAGACAAUUUUUUUUUUUAAGACUCUACAAGUACUUCAUCACCCUCACAAUUUCCAUUAUGUAAUUGGCUAUGCUUUUUGAUUUCUUUGGGGGGGAUUAUUCAGCUACCCUUCUUCACGUUUAAUAGUGUGCUAAAUUUUGUAUCCUGUAGGCAGCUGAGUAAUGAAUUCUCAGUAGGUACAGGGCUACGGUCAAAUCUGUGCUUUUCCAAAUCAGCCUAUAGUAGAAGAACAAGUCAUUUCUCACUGUCUCCUUUCCCUCCCUGAUGAGUUAUCACUGCACAACAGCAGCACUUUCCUCACCAGCUUGAAGGUAUGCAAGGAAAUGGCUCGGCGGCAGAUCUAGGAGGGUAGCAAGUAGCCAGCACCAAAGGGAAGCAUGAACUAAACUGGGGUUUGUAGAUCAUGUGGCAAUGGGUAUUUGCGCCCGCUUUAAGACUAGCAGAACUGACCUAUGUUUAAAAUAAAAAAAAGGUAUUAAAACAACUUAAUAACUGCACAGCUGGCUGGAGUAUGUACAGUUGAUCUGCCAUCUUGAACUCAGUUAGAAACAGGCAUCAGGUUCUGCAAACUUCCAAAAGCUUAUUUUUUCAGGAAGAAAACAUUACCUGGUUAGCUUCUUCAUUCCCCCUCCCCACUCACACAUUUUACCAGAAGCUACAUGCUGAGACAUUUGUGACCUUGUCUUUAGUUGGUUGGUAAAUACCUGGAAAGUGAAGCUGAUGGAGGCUGCUAUGAAAGGGAGAAUAUGGAGUAGUUCUACUGUCAAAUUAGAAACACAAAUGUGGUCACGUCAGUUAUUAAAAUUGGAAAAGUUACCAAUAUAAUCCAAGAGAUUACUUAACAUAAGGAACUCAAACUCUUUUAAUUCGGUGAGAGUAGGGGGUAUGAGCUGCCUAGACAUGCAGCUUUCUUUUCACAAUCUGGAAGGAAACGUGCUUCCUUUUUUGCUGUGUAAGAAAGACUGUUGGUUUAAACAAAGCAUCACUAUUCUGUGGUAGUUGGAAAAAAAAGUGUUUACAUGAGACAGUUAUGUACAAAGUUUUUAUAGGGAAUCUAACAUUAAACCCAUGUAUAAUUGCCCCUUACCCCCAAUUAAAGUUGUAUUGGUAGGCAAGAGAAGAGCUAACUUGGUUUUUAAAUUACUGCAAUUCUUAUGCAAACAUAAUUAUUGAAACUUUUUAUUUUUUCCCAAUGCAAUCUAGAUCACUAACCCAAAACAGAGUUUUCAGUCCACUUUUCCCAAGACUUCUGUGACAAGCAAGCUGAUUUGCCAUUAUUUUUUAACUUUAGAAACAACUUUAUUUAGUAAAUCAACUCCAAAUUGGUCAGUAUGUAGUUUUAAACGACUGUUCAAAAAAGAAAUGUUGGAAGACAUAAUUGAUAGGCAUGGCUCUGGCUCUGCAGAGACUUUCCUCAAUCUGGAUAUUGGGUCAAAGUGGAGUCCAGCUGACCUCAGGGAAACUCUGUAAGGGCUGCAUGUUGGGCUGCAUUUACCUGCAAAGGAAUUGCUUCCCUCUUCUGGUCUCUGAUCAUGAUUAGGGACCUCUUGGAGAGCCCUUCAGCUUUCUUCUGCCUGUAUGCCUAGGUUUUCUUCCAGAGGAAACCAGCUUGUGGGUGAAGGGAUUAGAAGGGAAGAACUUCAUGUGGUCCUGCUGUGCACAACGCAUCAUUUUGAUGUCAAAACAUGGCCAGAAGACAGACCCACGCUGAAGGAUUAGAGUUCCCAGUUCCUCUGUCCUAAAAGUAGCUUCAGGUUUAUGGAUCUUCUUUUGGAGCAGGGCCACAGAGACUUACUGCAUUGAAUAGUAGAGCUAUUUGUUUCUCUAAUCACGUGGGGAAAAAGAAUUAGAAGGCAGUUCAGCGUCCUGACCUUAUGAACUUGACAGCCCCAAAGGGUGAAACAGUCUUUCCAAGGGAUGAUAGCUUCAUAAAACUAUUAGACUUGUAGCAGCAGUUAAAAAGAAAAUAAUGUAUUUUGAAAAACUGAAACACAUGCAUUUAACUGUAAUUAAAGUUGAUUUAAGAUUUAUUUUUUGAAGCUGAGUUUUCCUGAGGAAAAAAAUGAAUAAGCAUUUGUCUAUGCAAGACAUGAAUGUCAAAAACAUUGUGUGAAUCUCCCAUUUUUAGGUGCUAUAUCGUUGUUGUCUUUCUGGCUUCUGUUACUUCGACUGAUCUUUUAAACCUUUCAGCCUUAUAUUCAGCUUGGUUUUCAGAGUUGAAUAGGCAAGAAAUGUAGUUUUGGAAUCCUGUUGGAAAUGUAACUGAACUUCGUUCCCUCAUGAAAACCUUGCAUGUUAAACAAUUACCUGAAAUGUUUUGGUUUCCUAAGAAUAAAUUCGAACUGUCACCACCUCCUAAAACCAGAGCAUGUCUAUGACAAUGCAAGUUUAAUUGUAAUGUCAAAUCAUCAGUCGUGGGCUGAGUACUCUCAGCUCUUUACUGUUCAGGGUAGCUGGAUAGUAAGUAAAGCUGGCUGGUUUUGCCAAGCUCCCCCUCGGUGUGGAUUCCACACGCACCCCUCCUUGGCUUGCUGAGCUCUUUCAAUUGGUUCUGGGUUGUUUAAUUUUAAGUCCUAAAGUAACUCGAUCAUCCAAUGUAACGUGUAGUGAAAUUGGCACUAAUGUGCUCUCAAGUGAUUGCCCAAAUCAUGUUAUUUGUUCGUUCUUGUCACCUGGAAAUAUAAAAAUGGUUUUUUUUUCCUGUGACUCGGUUAUUUAGGACCUGCUGAGUGAUCACAGCUGUUUUUUGCCAGCGAAAAGCAAUGUGCAAGAAAGCAGUGAAAUGCCUUACCAACUUUGUAGAGUACUAUAAAGAUCUUUACCUUGCGUUAAUCGAAUCCAGUGUUUUCAGAUCAUGACAGAAGUGGCCCAUAAAUCUGCCAGUGGGUUGGCAAUGUUUGGUCUAUACGAUGGACAAUCUUUAAAAUGUAAACCUGUAACUUUUUUUUAGCCCUUGGUUGUUAAGAGACUUCUGAAGCAACCAAUCUAUCGAAGGAUAAAAUUAAAAAUCAGAAUGUGCUUCAUGGAUGACUUAUUUUUACACUACUGUUCUCUGUGAACUGGAAAAGCACAUUUUUAAAGCGAAGCAUUCGCAUUACUUUAGCAGUAUUGUUUGGCUGAAAGACACAGUUUUGAGAAAUCUUGAGCUAAGUUUCAAACUAUUUAACCAGUUUUUGGCCAGGGGCAGUCAGUCUUGGGCCUUUUUGUUUGAUUGGGUUUUCUUGUUCAUGCAAAUGAAGAAAAAUGUUUACUAGUCCUUAACAGUAUGGGGAUUUUUAUUAUGCUUUUGUAAUGCAGGAGCAGCUUUGAUGAAAGAAAUAAUUAGCAGGUAAAUAGUCCAUAAUGUGUGUGACUUUGGGGUUUCUUUUUGUUGUUGUUUCAAAAUUGUUAAUUAAAAUGGCAUGGACAUCAAACUUUCAAUAAUGGUUCCAAGCAUAUAUGGUAUGUAUACUUAUCUGAAAAGGAUUCUUUGGUACGAGCCCCAUGUGCUGACUUGUUUAGCUGGGUAGACUGUAACAUGUUCCUGAAAUGAUGUCCUCCUAGGUCAGGAAUCGUCAGGAAGGGAGCAGCAGCCUAAUGAUAGAUAAGAUAGCACCUCCUCUCUAGCAAGAAACUCAAACUCACUUGAUGUGCGCGUCUUACUUAGCAAACAUGAAGACAGACAGCCUUCCUUGCGUGGCUGUGCCUUGCUUGGCAGAUGUGUUCCCUUGAGUGACAGCAGGAUGGAGGUCACAGCAGGGUGUGGGCACCUUCAAAGAUUCCUGGGAAUCUCAUGGGCCACAUCAAAACUGCUCUGGUGACCAGGCCAGGGCCUUCAUCUGCUCCAUGAUGCACAACAGCUGUCUUCCUGCACUAAAGAGCAUGCAAUUCUGGGCAUAAUUGGCUGUUUUCAAGGAAAAUGGUGUUUUUACACCUAUCUACUUACUCCAAAAUAUGUCUCCAAGGUGUUUUGGAUGAUAUAUUGUUCUGGAAGCGUUAAUCUGUGAUUAACUGCAUAAUGUGUGUUCUAGAUGCAGGGGUAUUUGAACAGUUCUUUGUCUGACGUUAAAAGAGUGCCUGUGAGUAGCAUAACUCCCCGUGAUAUGACGAAAUAAUUUUAACUCCACUCUUCCCAGGGAGCAAAUUUUUCCUUAUAGAGAAUAAAACAAAACCAAAAAAAAAUCCAGAGGAGAUGCACUUGAAUUACAGCCAGAAGAGCAUGUUCCUCGUCUGUUGAUCUCAAAUUCCCCAGCCAGAUGAAGGCGUGACAGGGAUUGGAAACAUAAUCAUAAGUAGCUGAUUAGCAUGUUUACUUUUGUGGAGCACCUGUUUACAAAAUGCUAAUCCUUUAUUAUCCACCUUAGGGCUGUUUCUAAAUGCCCCUCUUUGUAGAAAACCAGAGCAGUAUCUUCAGUGCUAAAAGGAAGGAAAAACCACGUGUGCACUGUAAAAUGAGGAUACUGCAAACAGUAUCAGAGAAGGCUGGGACACCAGGCAUUAUUUAUUCAAAAUCCAGAUUGAAAUUCGUGCAUCUUCAGAGUGCUCAAGGUAUGCAGCAUUAUGCCUGUGCUUAAGAAAAUUAAGAAAAAUUAAGAAAUUAAGAAAAUUAAGAAAAUACAACAAAACUCCACCAUUUCACUACCCUAUUAACUUCUAAGGGCAACGCGCCCAUCCUAGGUCAGGCAUGGCCUGUCUUCCUGAUGCAACUAAGAUGUGAUCUAAAGCUUAUGGAAGAAAUUGGGGGAAAAACACGGUUAUUUAUCUUCUCUGUUGGUCUUCCGACUUUUGCGUCACCACCAGCACAAGGCAGAAGGUUCAGUCUGACGGCCUUCUGGCCAGUAUUCCUAGCAUGCUUUUUUUGCUAAAUCUAUCACUGUACCCUAAAUACAGACUGAUGCAUAUACUAAAUGUAAAUGUUGUAAUAAAAUUGAAUUCAGAGA